AUGUAUCACUGGAGCACUGUGUUGUCGACUGAGAACACUCACCGAGUCGGGACACGAAGCCGCACAACACUAACACACACACGCGGCACGUCUUCCCUGGUCGGGCGCCGCGACCAAACUGCUGCCCCGCGUGCCGACCCCUGCCACCCUGCGCCCCCUCCCGACCCGCGCCCCGCGCCCCGCACCCCCGCGACAAGCCACGCAACGCACAAAGAGGGGAUCAGCCGCUCCCGAUACCGACGAUAUUCAUCCGACAACCGGCGACACCAUCGAUAUGCAGCAUACGAUCUAACGCCACGAACAGAAAACUUGACAAACGGAGCAUCGCCGCGGGAGCAACUAGUAGACACCCUGUAUAGUGCACCGACUUGUGUAACGUAA